AUGAAUCUCGUGACAGCUAGCAGCCAUGUAACAGUGCUAGCAUCAGGUUGGGAAGCUGGUCCCGAGGGCGUGGUCGUUGGGGCUCUAACAAGCAAAAACCCGCACAUUACGGACGCCACCAUGCAAGGAGAAGACAUGUCGUUCCGACAUAGCUGA